UAAAUAAUAAAAGAUAUGUUUACACCGCACUGCAGUAACAAGGCCCUUUAUUUUUUCGCAUUUCUCAAUUUCUCCCGAUACGCAAUGGCUAAUGCGGCAUCAGGGAUCGCCGUGCAUGAUGAUUGCAAACUAAAGUUUUUGGAGUUGAAAGCAAAAAGAACUUUUCGCUUCAUAGUGUUCAAAAUUGAGGAGAAGCAAGUCAUUGUGGAGAAGCUUGGUGAGCCAGCUGAGAGCUAUGAAGAUUUUGCAGCUAGCCUUCCUGAUGAUGAGUGUCGUUAUGCAGUAUAUGAUUAUGAUUUUGUGACUGUUGAGAAUUGCCAAAAGAGCAGGAUUUUCUUUAUUGCAUGGUGUCCUGACACUGCAAAAGUAAGGAGCAAAAUGAUUUAUGCAAGUUCUAAGGACCGAUUCAAGAGGGAACUUGAUGGCAUCCAGGUUGAGCUGCAAGCCACUGAUCCAACGGAAAUGGGACUUGAUGUUUUCAAAAGCCGAGCCAAUUAAUAUAUGACCUUAUAUCUUCAAUGGAGUCUUUUGCACUCUGCUCUUCUCAAGAGCACCGUGUUGGCUUGUUUAUUUUAUAAUGAUGAUGUUAUAUCUGGUAUUUUGUUCGUGAUUUUAUGUAGAACAGUUUCAGCCAGUUUUAACAUAUUUCAUGAUGAUUGGGUGAUGACAUUUUAUCAAAGAUUGUUUCUGGGUUCCCUUACAUGAUUGAAAAAUGAGCAAUUGGAGCA